GCGUGUGUCGUUCACGGAUGUUGUUUUGACGGUUACAACUGUUGCACAGGAGCGUUCGAUUAUUUCACAAUUCCUAGAGAUUUCCAAGCAUCGGAGGAGAAAUGUUGUUCAGUCCAACGAAUUUAUCCGAAUGUUUUCGGGAAUGGGAGGAUUUGGAGAAAGAUUACCAUAAUAUUCAGGAGACCCAUCGUCUAUAUAAACAGAAGCUUGAAGAAAUGACCAAACUGCAGAGCAGCUGCUGCAGCACCAUAGCACGGCAGAGGAAGAAACUGAAAGAGCUCAGUCUUCAGUUGAAGAACUGCAAAGGACAACGUCGGACUUCCAACCUGAGCCCAGAGCUGAUGAAGUUCGUCCAUGCGAUGGAAGAGUCCAUCAAAGACAAAGCGAAUUCUUUCCUUGAGAUGGAAGCAUUUCUGCCAAAGAAGAACGGGCUGUACCUCACGCUGGUUCUGGGAAACAUUAAUGUAACACUCCUGAACAAACAGGAAAAGUUUGCAUAUAAAGGCGAGUAUGAGAAGUUCAAGCUGGUCGUGACCUUCAUCCUAUUCAUGUUCUCCUUCACAUGUCGCUUUUUGCUCAGCUACAGAGUCCUGGACGCUCUGUUCAACUUCCUGCUGGUGUGGUAUUACUGCACACUCACCAUCCGGGAGAGCAUCCUCAUCAGCAACGGCUCAAGGAUCAAAGGUUGGUGGGUUUUCCAUCACUACGUGUCAGCCUUCUUGUCUGGAGUCAUGCUGACUUGGCCUGAUGGCGCCCUCUACCAGAUGUUCAGAAAUCAGUUUCUAUCCUACAAUCUUUAUCAAAGUUUUGUUCAGUCCCUGCAGUACUACUACCAGAGUGGCUGUUUGUACCGACUCAGAGCACUGGGGGAGAGACACAACAUGGACCUCACAGUCGAGGGCUUCCAGUCCUGGAUGUGGAGAGGCCUGACCUUCCUGCUUCCCUUCUUGUUCUUCGGUCAAUUUUGGCAGCUGUACAACAGCAAGACGCUUUUCGAGAUGUUCCAGCUCCCAGAGUGCAAAGAGUGGCAGGUGUUGAUGUGCGGCUGCUCCUACCUGGUGCUCUUCAUAGGAAACCUGUUCACCACGCUGGCCGUGGUUUACCAGAAAUAUGUAAACAACGCAGACAAGCCCAAGACUGAAUGAGCGCUGCAACCAGAACGGAUCACCAACAUGGCCUCUCAGAACCAAACAGAAACCCGUGUCAGAGUCCUAAGGAGCUAAAUUUGGGCCAUAAACUUUGUUCAAAAGAAGAAAAAAUUUAAUUCAGCAAAAAUGUGAAAUGUGAAACUGAAAAAGAUGUUCAAAACUGCUUUUCAGAUUCAAUGUUUUUUUGGGUUUUUUCCCCCAGUUUCAGUUUUUUUUCUUCUUUUGAACAAACUUUAUGGGUUUAGCUCCAUAUUAUGGAACUACUCCAUAGAGUUCCUCUGUCAUGACCUCCGUCCUAAUGGACCAUUUCACUGUUCGAAUGUGAUUUCAGGUUCCUGCAUUUUAUGUUUGUUUAAAUUGAAAUAAAAUUAACUUUAUUAUUUAUAUUGAUUUUUUUUUUUAAUCAAGCAGUUUCUUCAUAGCUUUCUUUUUAUUGCAGUAGGAACGACCGUCCAUUUCAGAGAUUGUGAAAGUUUGAAGGGAUGUUAACUUGAAUGAUAUUUAUUUAAAACUUUGUGACUUUGCUCAGGAGCUGCUCCGUUGUAAUAAAGAGCUCUGCAAAA